AUGAAAAGGAUUUUCUUAAUCGAUUGUCCCGGUAUUGUACCACCAUCCAGUAAAGACACAGAAGAAGAUAUUUUGUUUAGGGGUGUUGUUAGAGUGGAACAUGUUUCUAAUCCAGAGCAGUAUAUUCCUGGAGUUUUAAAACGUUGUCAAGUGAAACAUUUAGAAAGAACAUAUGAAAUAUCUGGUUGGAAAAACGCUACUGAAUUUAUAGAGAUGUUAGCAAGAAAACAAGGUAGACUUUUGAAAGGUGGUGAACCAGAUGAAUCUGGUGUUGCCAAACAAAUCUUAAAUGAUUUCAACAGAGGUAAAAUUCCAUGGUUUGUAUUACCUCCUGAUAAAGAAGGUAAAGAAGAAAAUAAAAAAGAUAAAGAAAAUACUUCCACUAACUCAAGUUCUUUAAAGAGAAAAGUUGAUGACAAAGCAAACGAAGAUUCAAAUGAAACUGUUGGAUCAAAGAAGCAAAAAAUGUGA